GGAUCUGGAGGCCCCCGACCAUGAGCGGCCCGCUGCGAUCCGGCCCGAGCACAUGGCGACGGGCAGCCACCGUGGUGCUGGCCGCAGGCUGCAGCCGUCCGGGUCCCGCCGGCCCUCGGUCCUCCGACGGCUUCCGGCUGCUGCUUCUGCAGCGCGCCCCAAACCAGCGCUUCAUGCCGGGCGCGCACGUCUUCCCGGGCGGUACGCUGGACGCGGCCGACAGCUCGGCCGACUGGCUGCGGCUCUUCGCGCCCCGGCACACGCCGCCGCGCUUCGGCCUAGGCCGGGAGCCGCCUCAGCAGCCCCCCUUCCCGGGGCUGCCCCGCGACGACGCGGCCGCCGGGGCGCUGCCCGAUGACGUGGCGCUGCGCAUCUGCGCCCUCCGCGAGGCGUUCGAGGAGGCCGGGCUGCUGCUGCUGAGGCCGCGCGGCUCGGAGCCCGCUUCCCAGCAGCCGGGGCUGGCGCUGCCGCUGCCGCCUCCGCCCGGCCUGGCCGCCUGGCGCUCGCGCGUGCGCACUGACCCGCACUGCUUCCUGCAGCUGUGCGCGCUCCUGGACUGCACGCCCGACAUCUGGGCGCUGCGCUCCUGGGGCGGCUGGCUCACGCCGUACCCGCACCUCAGCCGCCGCUUCAACACCACCUUCUUUCUGUGCUGCCUGCGCCAGACACCGCCCGUGGAGCCCGACCACAUCGAGUUGGUGGACUACAAGUGGUUGUCUCCAGCAGAGGCAACUGAGUGUUUCCUGUCCAAGGAAAUCUGGCUGGCACCACCACAGUUCUAUGAAAUAAGAAGACUUGAAACGUUUGCCUCUCUCUCGGCUCUGUAUAGAUUUUCUUCAGAUUGCCCAUUAGAGAUAACUGAGAAAUGGCUGCCGAUAAUACUCUUAACUGCCGAUGGCACCAUCAGUCUUUUGCCAGGAGAUGAGCUAUACCGGAAAGACUCACAUUUCUUAGAAAACCCAAUGUCUACUGACAAAAAGACUGAAGAAAUCUUGAAGGAAGGCAAAGUAGUCAACCGAAUGGUGAUCCACGGUUUCCUUCUCUAUGAAAUCUACGUGUCUCUCCUGUCAAACAAUAAGCGUGUGUACCCUAAGAGCUAUGUAGUGCAAAAGAACCCGCCCGCCCACCUGUGAGGGCUGACUGCACUUGUCUGAAGUAUAGGGAAUGUGCCUGUCAAAGGCACAUUGAGAUGCUCCCUGUGCAUUGUGCCGGUCUUCAAACUGCACAGCAAGCCGGCCAUGACCAUAAAAAGAAUUACAGAUCUUGUUACUAAGAUAAAUGGUUUCCCAACGGCUGUCCAUUCUGUGUCUUAUUAGUUUCACCAUUUAAAAGAGGGGUCUCCUGCUGUCCUGUGUUUGGUUUUCUGAUGCAAGGGUUCUCCCUAUAACAGUCCUGACUGUGCUGGAACUCACUCUGUAGACCAGGCUGGCCUCAAACUCAAAGAGAUCUUCCUGCCUCUGCCUCCCAAGCGCCAGGACAAAAAGCAUGUGCACUGGGACUAGAGGCGUGUGCACCCGGACUAGAGGCGUGUGCACCCGGACUAGAGGUGUGUGCACAGGGACUAGAGGCGUGUGCACAGGGACUAGAGGUGUGUACACUGGGACUAGAGGCGUGUGCACCCGGACUAGAGGUUUGCACCCGGAUUAAAGGUGUGUGCACCCGGACUAAAGGCGUGUGUACCACCGCCAGGCUCUACUUCUGUCCUCUAACUGCCCCACGUGUUAGCAGGUUUCUUGAUGUGGGGUGGAGAUUGAGUCCCGGAUCUCUAGACUUUCUGCAGGGAUUAAUUCAGGGUACCUAAUUAGAAGGUGUUAUGGUUCAAAUGUGAAGUUUCCUCCACAUGGUCCCUAGCUUGCUAGCGCUGUCGUGGCAGGUUGUGAAAACCAAGGGGCAGACUUAACUAGGAAAAGAGGGUUUCUGGCACUGGUAGUCUUGUGGAUUGGGUCCCACCUCUGUUCCAGACUUCUGUUUUCUGACCUGGGAAGAUGUGAGCAGUCUGCCUCGGGUUUCACUCUGCCUCCAUGCAGGGCACAUUGCUUUCUGCACCGUGAAACUGGCUGAAAUAAAACCUUACCCAUCUAUGUUGUCUCUGAGGCAUUUGAUCACAGCAAGGGAAGUGUUAAUGCAAAUAAACAGUGAUGGAGACAUCCUUCAAGGGAGAGGACAUGUCCUUGUCAUGUUUAUAACUUGAUAAUUAGCAGUAUUUGAGCUGGUCUGGGCUCUGACAGGCAGAUGUCUGUGAGUUCGAGACCAGCCUGAUCUACAAAGUGAGUUCCAGGACAGCCAGGACUGUUACAGAGAAACCCUGUCUCAAAAAAUCAAAAAUAAAAAAAAACUGUACAGUAUUUGGUUUAAAACCAAGUAGCAUUCAUUUUGACAUCUACAUUUUAUUUUUUUUUUUUUAUUACACUUUGUUUUUUAUGGGCUGGAGCACCCACACAGGAGGAGGGCAGAGAAUCCGUUCUUUCCUGCUGCAUCUAUCUCUGUGUGGUCAAGCUCAGAUCACCAGCUUUGCUUGGCAAGCCCUUACCUGCCAAGCCCAUGCUGGUCCCAUGUUCCCAAACUUUUAGACUUAGGAACCAUACAAACCACAGGCUGGCAAGAUGGCUGGGCAGGCAAAAGCAGACACUGCACGUGCCUGGUGACCUGAUCUUGAUCCCCAGAACCCAAGUAAAGGUGUGACGAGAGAGCCUCCUUUUCAGAGUUGUCCCCUACCUCCACACAUGUGCCGAGGCAUGUGCGCCCUCGCUCACAUCAUGCAUACACAGACGCACACCAUAAAACUCAAGGACCUUUGUGCCCGUAGCAAGUGGCAGUCAAUGGAUGUAAAGAGGUUAGAGAGAGAAUGUUAAAUCCACAGGGUUUAAUGUGGGCCAUUCCUUUUUGAUCGUUAAUGACUAAAGGGUGAGAAUUGAUAGUUAGGGCACAACUUGUUUUGUGCUUUGUCUAAGACGGGGUCUCCACAAAGCCCUGGCUGUCCUGGAACCCACUGUGUAGGCCAGUUGGCUUCAAACUGACAAGAGAGACGCCUCAGGUGUGUGCCACCACCCCCUGGCAGGACACUAACUCUGUGUGUAGCAGAUCUUUGUGUUGUGAUGUUCACUUUUCACAGACUGUCUUGAUUUUCCUGCUGACACAAUAAAGGCAGUAAUAAAUAAAG